UUGAAUACGCGGUUGUAAGUGUGUAACGUGGUGUGAUAGCUUGCAUGACUCCAGGUUUAAGAGCGAGGGUGGUAAAGUGGUAAACACGGAGAGAAGGACAUGGGGGACUAUUUAUAUAACUGAAAUGGGACCCUCGGCAUGUGUUUCUGUCCGUCAGGCUGCAUGAUCAACUGAUGGUCACACACAGGCUCACUUGCUUUCUCUUUCACUGCUCUGUGUCCUGUCUAAUCUGGACAGGACGUCGGUUGUUUUCUGGACUUUCUUUGUGUUUUCUUUUUUGACUCAUCUCUGAGGCUAAAUUGAGUCUAACCCUUCUUUCCCUCUUGGAUCUUGUUUUCUCCUGUUGUUUUUUUUUCUCUUAUAUUUUUCCAGCCUGACCGCCUGCUCUCCUGUCUGCAUAAUAACCCUUCAUUUCCCCCGCUCUCCUUCUCCUAUUCCUCCCAUCUUCCACCUUUCCCUGCCUCCUUGUGCGUGGUUUUUGGACCAUGCUGUCCUCACCCACUGUGAUUCUCCAGCCUUAUGGACUCCCCAUGUACCCACAGACCUCCGCAUGCUACCCCAGCAUAGUUCAGGGAGGCCCCUCUCAGGAGGUCGGCCUCGGCGGCGGGGACCCCGCCCUGUCUCAGGUCUACGCGCCCCCGCCCUCCUACCCGCCCCCUGGUCAAGGCCCACCAACAUCAGCGGGCAGACUGCCGCCUCUUGAUUUUACCUCUGCCCACCACAGUUCCGAGUACCCCGAACAUCCCCAACUGAGAAUAUACCAGGGCCCUCAGCUGGACGGGGCGGAGGCUCUGAUAUCCAGUAACACGGAGGACGCUUUGGCCACUUUGACCUCUGACCCCCAGUCUCUGAGCGUGUCUGUGUCAUCAGGGGGCGGAGCAGGAAGUGGAAGUGAUGAGGAGGGUUCAAAUAAGGCCCAACCGAAACGCCUCCAUGUCUCCAACAUCCCGUUUCGCUUCCGAGACCCGGACCUCCGCCAGAUGUUUGGGCAAUUUGGGAAGAUCCUUGAUGUAGAAAUAAUAUUCAACGAGAGGGGUUCCAAGGGUUUUGGAUUUGUCACUUUCGAGACCGCGAGUGAGGCUGACCGAGCAAGAGAAAAGCUGAAUAGCACGAUUGUGGAGGGGAGGAAGAUUGAGGUUAAUAACGCCACUGCAAGAGUAGUGACCAAAAAGCCCCAGACGCCUCUUGUGAACGGGGACAUUGCAAGUUCUGGGUGGAAGAUCAACCCCAUCAUGGGGGCGAUGUACGCGCCAGAACUCUAUACAGUUGCCAGUUUCCCGUAUCCUGUAGCAGCUCCCGCCUUGGCCUACCGGGGCUGCGCGCUGCGCGGCCGCGGCCGGGCCGUCUACAACACCAUCCGCUCUGCUGCGGCUGCGCCUGCUGCUGUGCCCGCCUACCCCCAGAUGGUGUAUCACGAAGGACUGUACGGACCAGAGGUCUUUGGUGGCUACCCUGCGGCGUAUAGAGUGGCUCAAUCAGCAUCUGCUGCCACCGCAACCUACAGUGACGGAUACGGACGCAUUUACACGGCAGCUGCGGAUCCCUAUCACCACUCGGUUGGACCAACAGCGACAUAUGGAGUGGGUACAAUGGCCAGCUUGUACAGAGGAGGAUAUAACCGCUUCACCCCGUACUGAAGCGCCCGCCACCGGAGGCGGGAAGACGGCUCUCAUGGACUCUGAUAUCGGUCGAUCCUCGGACGCCGAUUGGGAGAUCAUUGGAAAUGUGGAAAUGAUUUGACUUCCUGCCUCCAUCACAACCUCUCCUUGAGAAACUAAACAGACUGAAGUUGUACAUAGUGUAGGACCCAUUGUCCAUUCUGCCGAUGAAUACUCGGCACCUGAAAGAGGAUGCGGUGUAUGUAAUAUAUAUAUAUAGACAGUUGCUGAAAACCUUUUCAGGAUUCUUGUUUUCUGAAUUUAAGGAGCACUAAUAUUGGCUGACGCGAAGGAAGUUGGAGAUAAAUACUGUGAGAAAAAAAAAAGUUUCUACAAUGUUGAAAGACUUAUUUUUGAUGGCGAUUAUUUACAAAAAAACUGUUUGAGUGUGUGUGUGUGUGUGUGAGGGCAUUUGAGUGAGGUUACACAUCAAUAUUGAUCCGUUAGCAGACCAAGAGACAGCUGGUGUCGGUGUCACGAACAGCAGAACUAAUGUUUGUCUGGAUGUAGUUGGAAUUAAAUUUUAUUUUUGCAUUUCUAACAGUCUACCUCUCAAACAUAUUUCACGUUUAAUACAGCAGUCUUUAUUAAUCCUGAAGCAUUUUCUGUGCUUUUCUUGUGCUUUUCUGUGCUUGUGAUCUUUGAUUCUGCAGAAGUAUUGAACUGUUACAGGCCGGAGGCUGCAGAUGUAAAGUAUCUCAUUCUGCUCCAUCCGAACUCUCGUUGCCUUAUUUCACACUUUACUGUUGUCUUCUUUUCCUGUAACAUUCUCUGUCUUUCCUCAUUCAGAGCAGAUGAAUGACUUCUUGACUUCUUGAUUAUUUCUUCUCCUCUUUGUUUCUGUUGCAGUCUUUUUCUGCUGAGUUUGAUGGUUACCUCAAAAUAAAACUGUUUUCUCUC